UAUCACCCCCUUCAUUGCUGAUACUCUCAACAACCAACCAAAAUCCCCACAUCUAAUCUAAUCUAACAUCUUUAAUGUAACACAAAUAUACAUAUAUAAUAGAUAAAAAGUUAAGGCUAAUUAACCCUGUGAUCAGCUUUAAUUAGUAGUAAUGAUGAAAUGUUUUAGCAUAUUUCAUUCAAAACCAGCUAGGCAAAUCAAGUGCUCACAAGAAGCCAAAGAUCAAAAACCAGGACCAAGAAACAAGUCAAUUUCUUCUCCAAGAGGAAUACCAGAAAUUUACAAAGAAAAAGAGCACAGGUUGAUAAAAUUUUCAUUUUCAGACCUCAGGAAUGCUACAAGUAAUUUCAGUAAGCUUUUGAAGAUUGGUGAAGGUGGUUUCGGGAAUGUUUAUAAAGCAAGAAUCAGACUUUCCGAAAUUGAAAGCGAUCCUCUUGUUGUUGCUAUCAAAAGGCUUAACAAACAGGGCAUGCAGGGGCAUAAAGAAUGGCUAACAGAAGUUCAGUUUCUUGGUGUGGUUGAUCAUCCUAACCUUGUAAAACUUUUGGGAUAUUGCUCGGUCGAUGGUGAGCGGAUGCAAAGGUUAUUAGUGUACGAGUAUAUGCCAAACAAGAGCUUAGCAGUUCAUCUUUUUAGCACAACUUUGCCACCGAUCCCAUGGAAGACAAGGCUACAAGUCCUCCUUGGUGCAGCCGAGGGUUUAGCUUAUUUGCACGAGGGGUUGGAAAUCCAGGUAAUAUAUCGUGAUUUCAAGUCGUCAAACGUGCUACUGGAUGAGAAAUUUAACCCAAAGCUUUCAGACUUGGGUCUUGCUAGAGAAGGUCCACAAGGGGACCGUACUCAUGUUUCCACAAAGCCUGUUGGGACAUAUGGUUAUGCUGCCCCAGAAUACACUGAAACAGGCCAUCUAAAAUCAAAAAGUGAUGUGUGGAGUUUUGGAGUUGUAGUAUUUGAGAUUCUAACAGGCAGGCGGGCAGUAGAUAGAAGCCUACCGAAAGCAGAACAAAAGCUUAUUGAAUGGGUGAAAAAAUUUCCUGCUGAUAACAGGAACUUUUCGAUGAUGAUGGACCGACGUUUAAAAAAUCAAUAUUCUCUUGAUGCUGCUCGAAAGAUUGCAAAGUUGGGUGUUAGAUGCCUUUGCAAGAACCCUGAUGACCGACCAACAAUGAGUCAAGUCGUGGAGGGGUUGAAAGACGUAAUUAGGGAGUCAGAAAGUGGGCUUGUAUGUGAAAAAUAGUGUCCUGUUCUUGACUCUUUUGAUGGUUUAUGUAGGUCAUGUAUAAUGACUACAUUAUUAUCUCAUUGAAAUGUGUCUGGUACUCUGCAUUGCAAAACAGAGGCAUGUAAAUUCCUUUAUUUUCAGUUAUUGGCACUGGCGGAGCUACAUACAAAGCUAGAUGGGUCAAGACCUAUCCUAACAAUCUCAUCUCUACUAUAUUAUAAACCAUUAGUUUCGUCAAUUUUUUUCAAACUUUUCAAUCACUCAUUUUUCAUCC